GGGAGUGCCGGAAUGCUACACUCUGCACUGUGUUUACUUCCGUCAAUAUUUCUAACGCAGCAGGCAGAAAAGCGGACAGAGGAUACGACAAAGGAGACGACUCCGUGUGAAGAAACUAGCUUCGGUCAAAAUGCCUUUCUUGGGCAAGGAUUGGCGGUCUCCUGGAUGGUGUUGGGAGAAGACUGACAAUGGUUGGAAGAGGAUCAUCUUGUAUGGCCAGGAAAAUAACAACUUGGAUUUUGCUGAACUGUGCAGUGAUGACAAAGACGGUGUGUUUGUGGGAGACGUUUGUGAAUUGACCAGCGUCAAGCAGCAAAAGGACCUCUACAACAACAGCACCAAGUCUCACUUUGUAAAAGACAAAUGGAUAUAUGUCCAUAAAGUCAGCACUAAAGAAAGGCAAGGAUACAGCACACUUGGAGAAGCCCUUAACCGUCUGGACUUUUCCACUGCUGUUGAGGACUUGCGGAGAUUCAACUAUGUUGCUAAACUAUUCCAGUUAAUUGCCAGGUACCAUCUUACAUCUUUAAGUGGAGCUGCUCAAAAGAAUUACUUCAAUAUACUUGAAAAGAUUGUACAGAAAGUGCUAGAUGACUGCUAUAACCCUCGCCUCGUCAAAGACCUGCUGCAGGACUUGGUUUCCACGCUGCAUGGCCUGACUGUUCAUGUGGGGAGGGUGGUCCUUGUGGGAAACAUUAACAUAUGGAUGUCCCGACUGGAAGUUAUCCUAAAGUGGCAGGAGCAGCUCAACAACCUGCAGAUCCCAAAGCAUCGGUGCAAUGGCAUGUCCCUUAGCGACCUGCCCAUUCACAUGCACAACAAGAUUCUGAGUAAGCUGUCUGACGCCUGUGACAUCAUUAAUCUGGGUCAGGCCAUGCCCACACUGCGCUUCCUCAGUGAGGACAAGAUACUGUGGAAAAAGCUUUGCUACUUUCACUUCUCUGAUAAAGAGUAUCAUAAGAACUUAGUUUUGACCAAGAGUGACAACGUGGACUGGAAGCUCAUGUACUUCACAUUAAAGAAACAUUACCCCAUGAGAGAGCAAUAUGGGGACACAUUACACUACUGCAAGCACUGUCACAUCCUCUUCUGGCAGGAUCUACACCUGGCAUUAAUAUUCAAGGACUGGGGACACCCCUGCACAGCCAUUGACCCAGACAAGUGCCUCAUGCCCAUCUCCCCACAGGACUUUAUUGAACUCUUUCAGUAUUAACCCAAUACCCCCAAAACCAACCAAAAGUGUGUAUGGGACUUUACCAGUGUAGUCAAAUACAAAGGGCUUCAAGCAAUGAUCAAUGAUUUUAUGUCCUUAAUUCAUCCAUUCCUGUGGAAAAUGUACUGUUUUUUAACUUUCCGAAUGUUGGUAAAAGUGUAAGAACCUUGAACACAAACACAUGGAGGGAAAAUAAUGUCUAUACAAGUGUUGUUUUAUAAGAAGUCAUAAUGUGAAAUAAGGACUAAAGUGUUUUGGUUUACAUAAUGUAAAUAUAAUGAAAACCAUUGUAAACCAUUACAGACUAACUCAUGGUGUUAUAAAACACAAUUAGACAUGUUGUAUUUGAGAUUAUAUGAAUGCAUGUCCGUUAAUGUGUUUACUGUAUAUUGUCGUGUUACGUCUGCUUUGUGAAGUCACUUUAGAAAGAUUCUGUCAAACCUUACGAUUUGUUAAGAUUUUUUAAAUAUAUUGAUCUCGUAACAGACAGGGAAAUGUACAAACACUAUUUAUGAAAAGAGUUACCUUUUAUACCCUUUUCUUAAACUUUUGUAUCCUCCAGCGCUUCGUGUGGUGGUAGUCUAAAAGGUACUAUUGUGACUAUUUGGGAGAAAGUAACCUCAAUA